AUGAAUAAUCCUCCUCUAAAAUUUUUCUUAAAUUUUCCAAUAAUUUUAAUUAUUUUUUUAUAUUUUAAUAAUUUAAUUAAAGCUCAUUUGACAGACAAUGAACAAAUUUUUAAAAGGGAAGAAAUAAAAGAAGAGAAAUGGAGUGAAGUUGAUGAAGUGAGGAGUGAAAAUGAAAAGAAUGUUGAUGAUUUGUUUAAAAGUGGAAAAAAUGGUGAGGAAGAUAAUAAAGAAGUAUUUGAAGAGAAAGAAGGUUCAUUUUCUUUUGUUAAAGCUAAAGAAGAAAGAAAAAAUGAGGAGGAGGAAGAAAAUAAUGGAGAAGAAGAAGAUUGGGUAAUAAAUAAAGGAUUUGGAAGAAGAGAAGAGGAGGAGGAGAAGAGAAAAGAAAUAAGAGAAGAUGAAAGUCAAUCAAAUUUUUUAAAUAAUUUUUAUGAGAAUAAUAAAUGGAAUAAUUGGAAUAAUAAUGAUGAUAAUGGAUUUAAAUUUUGGCAGUGGACAGGAAAUAAUGAUAUGCAAAAAAUGGGUGGUGGAAGAUGGUGGGAAAUGUGGGGAAAGGAAGAAAAUGAUGAAGAAGCAAGUAAUAAAGUAUUUAAUUGGAAUGAAUUAAUGGAAAAUAAAUGGAAAAUAGGUAAAUAA